AUGGCUGCGCCCAGGAGCGCCGAGGGCCGGGACGAGGAGGAGGAGGACGGGGCGGCGGGGCUGCAGCGGGCGGUGGGCGGCCUGCAGCUCUUGCUGGGCCGGAGCGCAGGCACCGGCCCGUCGCCGGAGUCGCUGCGCCUCGGGCUGACCGCGCUGGAGGAGAGGCUGGCCCGGGACCCCCAGUGGGCUUCCCUGCGCUGGGCGAGGACCGAGGUGGCCCAACGGGCCCCGGGGCUGAGUCCCGGCCCCGACCCGCCCUGGGCCGCGGCCUGCCAGGCGCUUCUGCUGCUGCUCUGCCUCAAGCGCUGCCUGGUCCGCCUGGCAACCGCGACCCCCGCAGCCAGCCCGGGCGAGGCCGGGGUCCCGCCUCCGCUGCGCCCGGACGCCCUGAGCAUCGCCCAGGAGGGGACCGUGCAGGCGGCAGCGCAGCUGGCGGUGGCCUUGGGCCUCCGCCCUUACCUGCUGCCCGGGGUGGCGCCCCCGCCGCGGGACAAGGCCGGCCUGCUCGCCGCCCAGCCCGAAGCCCCGCGGAGGCUCCUCGCCGCCUGCAGUGCCCUGGUGGAAGUGGCCGAGCACCCUGAGCUGGGCAGGCUAAUCCUGGUGCGCCACCUGGGCGACCUGCUGGCUGGGCUGGCCCAGCUAGGCUUCUGCCCCGCAAGGAAGGCCCGGGUAGGUGCCGAGAUGCAGGACCUGACCGAAGGGGAACGGAGCAGCUGCAAAGAAGCCUUGCAAGGCCUUUUGGACAAAGUGUACCAGCCCCUGGUGGUCCGGGAACUGCUGCUGCUUCAAGGGGGGGCUAAGCUGGCCUCCUGUCCCAGCCAGCAGAAGAAGGAGCCUUGUAUGGCAUCAGCACCAGCCUGGCUUCAGCGCCUUUGUGGGCAUCUGCUAUCCGGGAGGCUGUUAAGACCUGGUGGAGUUCAGGCUGUGAUCCGUGGCAUCCUGGAGGGAGCCGGAGCUGGGGCUGUAGCGGGCAGCAGUGCAGAAGCGGCAGCAGCCGACUGGCAGAAGUGCGAGGCUGUAGCCAAGAUCCUGUGCUCGUGUCCUCAGCAGUCUCUGUCCCUGGAGGAUUAUUGUCAACAGAUUUGCCCACAGAUUCUGCAGCUGUUUCUCAUCCAGGAUAAGCUGAUGAUGCACCAGUUCCAUCGAGUGGCAACCACAACUGUCCUCGCCAUGGCCAGGCAACAUCCACAGCAGGCAGAGAAGCACCUGCUGCGUCCCCUGCUGGAGCCUCUCUUGCGCUGCCUGGGGGAGCCAGAAGGUUCCCUGGGAGACAUGCCAGCUGGGGCGGUGCUGGUGGGAGAGGAGUUGCUCUCGGGGUGCGUGGAAACGGUGCAUAAGGUCUGUGUGGUCGGGAAUGAGCCCUCGCCUUGCCUCCUGGGUGCCCUGCAGCCUGCGCUGGGGGCCGUCUUCUCCCUCUGGUGCUUCACCAAGCAGAACGUGUCCUUCCUCCGCACCCCCUGCCAGGAGAUCUUGCUAUGGUUCCUGGAGAAGAGCGAGCGACGGGCCUCUCUGGCGGCCCUGGAAGGCCUGGCAGAGCUCAGAGGGAGCCCCCGCCUGCCCCACCCCCACUGCCACUUCCGGGUGGGUGGAGGAGGGGGCGUGGUGGCCACCAUCCAGGAGGCUGUGAGGGACGAAGACGAGGCCCUCUACCGGAAGCUUUCGUCAGAGCAGUGGCAGCUGGAGCAGCUGGUGGACUUGCUGUCUCGCUGCCGGAGGGGCAGCCUAGCGGGAGACUUCUUCCUGGGCUGCUUAAAGGAGCUGACCCAGGUGGCCUCUGAGGAGGACCCUGCGCCCCCUUCGCCAGCCUCCCCGCUGGAUCUGGAGCAGCUCUGCCACCCAACCCUCCCCCAGCAGAUGAGGCAGCUGCAGGUGCUUCGGGUGGUGGCCCUGCUGACCGAGGCCCUUUCGGACUCUUUGCUCGCAGAUGUCAGGCAGGUGGUGGAUUUCGUGGCAGCCACUCUGCAGCGGGCCUGUGCAGGUCUCUCCAGGGGCUCAGUGGGCCCCGUGGAGUCCCAGACGCUCAGCAUGGCCAUGGGGCUGGGGGCGGCCAUGCUGGGGGGGGUCCUGGAGCUGCAGUCCGAGGACUUUGCCAGCCUGAAGCGGCUGGUGCCCCUGCUGGAGGAACUCUCCCGCCUCCACCCGGAGCCCGGCAUCCAGGAGCUGGCGGCCGACUUGAGCAUCUCCAUCUGCACCCACCGCGCCUUUUCCAGCGAGGCCCUCUGCACCGCUGCUGGCAGGGCCCUGGGCAGGAGGGAGGGUGGGCCGGCCGGCCAAGGGAGUGCAGCUGCCAGCACAGGUGCCCCGGAUGGGACCCCCAGAGCCGGGCCAGCCCUGCCCCAGGAGCCGCCCAGGAGCCGCCCAGGGGAGCCUCCGGGGAUGGACAAGGACCCCCAGGACCCCCUGCAGGAGCUUCUCUCGGGGGCUUACAGCCCUGACAUCCCCACGCGAGCUGCUGCCCUGCGCUGCCUCUCCCGGAUGAUCGAGCAGAGGGAUCCCACGGCCCUGAAGACUCGGGAGAGGUUGCUGAAGGUUUUUGUGGAAAACUUGGAACACGAAGACUCCUUUGUUUACCUUUCUGCUAUCCAAGGUGUGUCCCAGCUGUCGGAGGCCUCCCCACGAGGCGCCCUGCCCUUCCUGCUGGCCCAGUACGCGGGCGCCCCCACGGCGGAGAGCAGGAUGAAGGUGGGGGAGGCGCUGAUGCGCACGACGAGAGCCCUGGGAGACCGGGUCUUCCCGCACACACACUCCCUGAUCCAUGCCUUCCUGCGAGGAGCCCGAGAUCCUGACUGCUCCCUCAGAGCCAGCAGCCUGUCCAACCUGGGAGAGUUGUGCCAGAUCCUCGGGUUUCAGCUGGGGUCGGUGGUCCACGAGCUGGCGUCCUGCUUGGCAGCCGUGGUCAAAACCGACCGGGAAGCUGAGGUCCGUAGAGCUGCGGUCCACGUGGUGGUGCUUCUCCUGCGGGGGCUGAGCACGAAGGCGGUGGAGGUUCUCCGCGAUGUCCUGCUGGAUCUUUACCGCCUGCUGAAGUUCGUGGGGCGCUGCGAGCACGAUGAGGUGACGGUGCUGCAUGCUCAUCUGGCCUUGGAAGAGCUGGACAGCCUCCUCAGGCCGCUCCUCUUCCCCCCACAGACGCUGGAGAAGAAGAUGGAGAUCCUGCCCUACUAGGCUGCUGCUCCGGAGGGCCACGGAGCCCUGUCCCUGCAGAGCCCUCGGGCGUGGCCUCCCUGGCAGCUUCUGUGGGAACUCGGCCCUGUGGCGCAGACUCUGGACAGACUUAGCUUGGUUGUGUGGGGCUCCAUCCCCACUGAGAAGCAUUGGGCGGGGCGGGACAGGUCAUCCCAGG